UGGUCCGGACAGACAGAGGAGAGACAGUGAGUCACAGAGUGACAGAAGGGACUUGGGCUCUGGACAAAGCGACUCACCGCACGCUCCAAACAAGAACUGUUGUUGUUUGAGAAAGACAGACGGUGACGAAGAGAAGGAGGCCUCGCGGAACAUUUUCAGGAGAAUAUCCAGCCGCACAGAUCACUUCUCCAAGUCCUCCUCUUUUUCCUUGAAUCCUGAUGUUUGUCUUUGGAAUUUCUGCUGCAAUUCACUCCAUUUUUACUUGCGCCAGAACUUUAAAAACCAACAAGACGAGGCAGGCAUUCGCACGAAAGUUGAACCCAAAACACAUUCUGGGAUGAAUUUGGUAGACUCCGGUUUAUCCAGAGAAACUCUUCUCCAUCGAGGUCAGGUGUCACUCAGAGACCCUUGGGCCUCUCGAACACCGAGUCCUUCUUCUGACCCUGAAAUGGGUUUCGAGCAGAACCUGUCUGGAGACUGCAGUUCUCCUGAAGGACUUGGAAGCGGAAGCCUCAAAAGAGGGGAAGCCAGGAUUUCGGAACGGCACAGUCCGGAGUUGACCUCAAGUUUGGCGGCAGGUGCGAAUGAUGGAAAAGCCACGGGAGGUGAACAGAGGAUCCGAAGGCCCAUGAACGCCUUCAUGGUUUGGGCCAAAGACGAGAGGAAGCGGCUUGCUCUGCAGAACCCCGACCUACACAACGCUGUGCUCAGCAAAAUGCUCGGUCAGUCUUGGAAGGCAUUGAACGCCACAGACAAGCGGCCGUUUGUGGAGGAAGCCGAACGUCUCCGGGUCCAACACCUCCAGGAUCAUCCGAACUACAAGUACCGCCCUCGUCGCAAGAAGACCACAAAAAAGCUAAAGCGGGUUGAGCCGGGGAUCUUGCUCCAGAGCUUGGCCCAAGGAGGAGCAUCUGCCCUCGGAUUGGGUUCUGGUAUCAGCUCUUUCGGCUCAGAAAGCGGCUCGGGAAAUUCUGGUUAUGGUCAUUUGGGCGGCCAUCACUCGCAUCCGACCCACUCGCACCACUUAUUACCCUCCGUCUGUCACUUCAAGGACCUGCAGACUGCGGGGCACCCAGAGCCCGAGAGCUACGGGCUUCCCACUCCAGAGAUGUCUCCUUUGGAUGUUCUGGAGGAUGGAGGUGAAUCUGUGUUUUUCCCUCAACAUAUGCAGGACGAGAGUGCAGUGGGAGGCUGGAGUGGGUACAACCACACCCUGCACCAUCAUAGCUUCCAUUACAGCCAUGCUUACAACAGCCAGCAGAACACAAUGCACAGCGCAUCAUUGGCACACAGUCAGACUGCCGGAUCCAGCGGAGGCUCCCCUCUGAACGCGACCCUGAGUCCAAGCAGAAGCUCAAGACUGUCAUGUGUCGAGUCAAAUUCAAGCAUUAGCACCACUGUCUUUUCGAGCGCAGUCAAUACCAGGUUAAACCCAACACAGUCUUCAAGCCCGCACAUUACUCUGAGGAGCUCUAUAAAGUGUCCUCCACCUCCCCCUGACACGUCUUCCAGUCCAUACCCGACUUCUACCCUCCCUGAGACGAACAAGCCUCAGCAACCGCCUCUGUGCGCAGGCCCGGUGGGCUACUUCAGUCAGAUCUACAGAGGCAGUGGUCAAAACCAGUACAACUCUCCCAACCUGGGCCAGCUUUCACCCCCACCCGAAUCUUCUCCAUUGCUCUCUUCCUCCUCUACACAGGCGUCAACAUUCCUAUCCCCGCUAGACCCAGACACUUCCACCCAUCUAGGCUCGUCCUCCUCAGCUGAGUUCUGGUCAGAGGUGAACAGGCAGGAGUAUGAUCAGUAUGUACAGAGGGAGCAGGCCUAUGGCGCAUGCGGAGGAAGCUCCAAGGCCCUGGUAGGACGCAGCGGUAACAGCUUAGGCGGUAGCAACGUCGGCGGAAUCAUCAACAGGGAGUUCAGCAGCAUGAUGGGUGGGGCGGGAGGGUGCGACGACGGAAUCAGUCCUCUCAUAUCUGCUCUGUCUGACGCCAGCAGUGCUGUCUACUACAGCGCCUGCAUCACUGGAUGACUUGUUGCAGUCAGGUUUCUUCGUGCAUGAAUAGAAAACGGUCCCUGAGUUGGAAUACAUUGGUCCAGUUAGCUAGUGCUGUAAUAGUUAAAUAGCUAGCUCUGCUAGAACGCAAGCAAAUGUUAACUUGUACAACAGCAUGACUUCAACAGUAGCUAACUCAAAGGGAUAAGGAAUCACCCAAAUGACAGCAAAGGCGACAGGAACUAUCCCUCGUGUGCGAGAAGAUCAGCCUCAUUCUGUCAUUGCAUUCAUGCCGCUGCUUAUUGGAACUACAAACAACUGGGUUCAAAUACAAAUUAAAAAGGGAAAAAAAUAGAACCAAUAACUCAAUGACUUGUGUUCAAAACAAGUCAUCUCCUUAAUGGCUCUGUGUGUUUUGUGGUCUUACAAAAAUAUUUUCCUCGCAUCAAAUGCUUCUUCUCAGGCGCUGUCAAAGGUUCAUAGCUCCUGAAGUGUAUGAGACUCAUGACACUGAAGACGACAAUGAUGUGAGGGAAACAACUGAGAUGCACACAGAGAACGGGAAUUUGAAAAUGUGAUCCUUCACUGCAGCUAUGCCGGGAAACCCUUGGCCACUACUCAAGCACAGACCACCAAUAUAUAUACACACCACAAACUAUCAGGGUAUUUUACGAGCCGUGUGAAGUAUCCUCCGACUUGCCUUGUUUCCUCUUGGUUUUGGGCCUUGUGCAAGACAAUGUUGCAAGAUCUCACAUGGACAUAAAUCUUCAAUUUGAAACCUUUGAGUGAAACAAUCACAAUCUGUCCUGUCCCAAUGUACCAUGUCAUUGUGUGCUGUUGGCAGCAUGUGGAGACUCUGUUGUUCCUAUUUGCACUGGGUUUUAUGUUGGAACUGUAUAGUGAGAAAACUACUAGUUAUAAUUGUUAACUUUUAAGUAUGUGUUGUACAGAAGAAAAAAUAUUAUCGGUGCUUUUUUUGUGUUUGAGGAGUAGUUUGACAUUUCUUGAAAGGGGUUCACAUUCGAUCAGAAUUUUGGGGUUUGACACAAACGGCGUUGUUUCACAUCCAACCAUGAAUAUUGCGCAAGUCUUUUGGUGUUUUCUUAGAGGGUCACGACAAGUCCUCCACCUUAUCUGAUCUUGUAGCUCCCGCCAAGUCACGCCUGUCUAUCUAAUCCAUGAUCUCCAUGAGUUCUUCAUCCAACACGUCUCCUGACUCUCCCCUCCAUCUGCCCAAACAUCUGACCUCCCUAACUUUGUCUCCAGACCUCAUGUGACACCCCCAACUGCCACUUCUAACUGCUUCCUACAUGAAACAAUAGCGUGAUAAAUCUCUGCUUCUCUCUGAAAUGUCAAAGUUGUCCUUUUAUUUCCAAUAUUUUCCAUUGUAUGAAAAGAAGUUUGUAAUUGUGAAGUGCUAUUAGAUGUCAAAGUGCCACUAAUGGGUCAAACGUGGGAUAUAAUAUCAAAGGAAAUCUUUUUUUCUUUAGUCUGGCAGGAUAUUUAAGGAGGAAUUUUAUGGUUUUGUCCGUUCUGGGAAAAUGAAAAUCCACACUGUAGAGGUCUCUCUGUGUUUAUGUAGCAUCUCAUAGUCAAUAGUUCUGUAUACGCCAGGAGCCAAAAGCUAAAGUUAUAAAUGUUUGUUCUGUCAUCUGCGCUGAAUUAGUCGCACAGACAAUAUGUUUUUGGAUGGGGAACAGUAGAGCGAACUCCAGUGACUCAAGUGUCAGCAGUUGUAUUCACCACACAGUCUUUGCGGCCGCUCUCGUUUGAAAACAGAGCAAGAGGAGAUUCUUCCAGAAUGUCCUCUGGAGGAUGAAGCCACGGAGCAGUGGCAGUUCAAACUCUCAAGACAGAAAAAGUCUUGCACAUCUGCAUUUGACAUUCUUUUCUAUUGACACCAAACAGAGUUUUGUUUCCAUUUUAAUUUACUGUGACACACGCAGAACAUCAGAGCGGGAUGGCUUUUUUUUUUCUUCUUUCAAGUCUUCAAGUGCAAUAACUCUGGAGCUUUUGGUAAUAAUUAUCUUUUGAAAAAACACUAAAAUGUUUCUUCUAUUUCUUUUAACAGAUUUGAUUUUUUUUUCCGAUUUAAAACCAGGGUUUUCCCAGAAGUGUCACUGUGAUGUUUCAAAAUCUGUCUGACAGGGAUGUUGUGACUUUAUAUUAAUGUUUUUACACGUCAAAUUGGGUUCAGGUUGUUUAUAUUUAAGAGAAUG